AUGAAUGGUCUCACUACAUCCCACUCAUAUCAAAAGGAUGAUAGGAUUCAUGGACUCAAUACACAUGGAACAAUUUAUCCUUUCUCAUCUCUUCACCAACCAACUACUUUAGGAAUUUUUAUCAGAGAACUUGCCAAGCUGAUAUAUUCUCAAGAGGCCAAACAAAUUUGCUGUUUUCUUGGGUUUUGUCUGAUUUCAAGCAUCCUUUUACUCUACUGGUGUCAUUCUACCAACAGCAUGGCACUGACAGCAUUCAGCUUUCUUUUAAUAUUUGAUGUACUCAGCCUUCUCACAUGCUUGUUAAGUGUUUAGGUUCAAUCUCAGCAGCCAUCUAGUGCUUAUUCUUUUGGCUAUGAAAGGUUUGAAGUUCUUGCUGUUUUCUCUUGUACCAUGCUUGCUCAACUUGGAGCCUUUUUUAUUUUAAAAGAAAGCAUUGAAUGUUUGCUGUUUCCACCUGAUGUGCACACAGGCAGACUACUGGUGGGAACAAUGUAUGGGCUGUUUGUUCAUCUUUCUGUUAUUUAUGCUGUGAAGAACAGAGCCUUUAAUCAUGUGAUAGAUGCUUCUAGCUCUAGUUGGUUACAGGAACAUGUUACUGAUAUGAGUGAAAGUUUGUGUACAUUUUUACCAGGACUCAGCAAGUUACUAUUGCCCAGAAUAAACCCAUUCUCUUUGAUAGGCUUUGGUUGCAGUAUUGCUUUACUUAUAACUUAUUUUCUUAUUGAUAAACAUCAGUUCUACAUUGUUGACCCUUGGGCUGCCAUAGCCAUUGCAAUCAUGACCUUUGGCACUAUGUUUCCUAUGAGUUCAUAUACUGGGAAAAUAUUAUUGCAGACUACUCCCUCUCAUAUACUGGGUCAACUGGACAAAGUUUUGAGAGAAGCCUCAACCCUAAAAGGAGUCCUGGAGUUUAGACAUGAACACUUCUGGACACUUUCAUUUGGAACUCUGGCAGGUUCAGUUCAAGUCAGAGUUCGAAGAAAUGCAGAUGAGCAGUUAGUGCUGGCUCAUGUUUACAGCAGACUCAACAAUCUUGUACAUCAACUCACAAUACAGAUUUUCAAAGAUGACUGGACUCGGUCUUCAGCAUAUCCAUCAUUUACUGGACAAUCUGCUGGACACUAUUCUCAACCCCAUGUCACAUAUCCUACACCAUAUAGUAGUAACUUGCCACACUCACUUCCACCAGUCCCUCAGAGCAACAGACAGCCUAUUUAUAUUAACCCAGUUUAACAACACACAACCUAGCCUUAGUCCAGUUUAACUACACACAGCUUAAUCUUAGUCCAGUUUAACAAUAUACAGCCUUGCCUUUGCCUUCGAACUUUAUAAUCUUAAUAAAUGUAUUUUAGAAGUAAUUAGAACAGAAAACCUUUUUUCUACGAUUAAGACAACAUUUUUGAAUAAAGAGGCAAUAAAAGACAUCACAAAAUUUUAGCUGUUUAAUGCAUGGCUUCCUCCUAAAGCAGGGGUCGGCAACCUUUUGAGUCAGAAGAGCCAAAAAUUACAAUUUACAAAACUUUUAAAUUUUAAAGAACCACAACGUUUUUUUUUCUUGCCAACAAUACGUAUCUUUUCAUAAGACAAAAUAUUUAUUUAUUCAUAUAUAGGCCUAAGUAUUGUUUUAACAGCAAAAGUAGAUAAUAUAUAUAUAUAUAUGGCAUUAUUAGAUAAUUGCUUUGUUUAUGUUGGUAGCUAAUAAAGCAGUUAAACAUUUAUUAGCAACACUAACUUGUACUUCAAUAACAAGCAAUUAAGCAAACAAAUUCAAUGGAAGCGAUGGCUUUGGUUUUAGAAAUUUUGUAUACAUUUGGCUCAUAACUUGUUUUUUAGUUUCAAACAUGACUCUAAAUUUUCAUUUGUUUGUUGACCUCUUACUUUUAAUAAUAUCAUGCAAGAGAACGCUUGCUCGGACGAAUAUGUAGAUCCAAAUAUAGCACUCAAAAUGCCAACAUCUUCACCUCAAUGUUGCAAACUGGAAGAUUAUUCCUUGCGCCGAAUCAACUCGCGACAUUUUUUUUAAAGAUGUCCACUUGUUGCGUUACGUACAUGCAUUUCUGGACUUUCAACUCUUCCAACUUGCUUUUCAACUCUUUAAAUUUUCAACUCCACAAAGUUUUACUUUCAAUCAAUGACAUUUCUAGAAAUAUAGUAUCAAUUUCAAAUGGAUCAAUGUGGAUUUCGUUACUAUUUGUGCUGAUUUACUAGUAAUGCUAGAAUGAUUUUGUUAGUUUGUAAUUCUUCAUAACUGUCAUAGAAAACUGUCAACAAAUUCAUCUUUGAAUUAUUAUUUUUUUUUGUAACUGUGCUGAAGUAAUUCGUGUCAACAGUUGCACCGAUAUUAUCGCGAUAUUUCUUUAGACAUUUAAUAAAAAAGUAAAUUACCGCUAUUCUGCAAUAAUAUUUUUUUUCAAAAGAAGCCUAAUCUUCUACCCAAACAUCGGCUGGGUUUCCAUUUCUUUGUGGUUUAACAUUCAGCUCAUUUAAUUUCGCUGUUAUGUAAAGUUAACAUUUUUGCAACCUUUCUCUAAUUCAGGGUGAUAAAUAUCUUGUUUAUUUAGGAAUGUAUUUAAUUCCUUCAAGCACAAACCAAAACGUUUCAACACCUUACCUUUGGAAAGCCAUCUCACACUUUAUUGUGAAGGAGAUCGUAAUACGGAGUUUCCAUUUCGCUUAAGAAUUCUUUAAAUUGACGAUGGUUAAGUGCUUUUGACAAGAUGCUGUUAACAAUCUUGAUUACCGAACUUAUGACCUCAACUAUUUUGGCCUGAAUCGUUUGGUCAAAAAGCGCUUCUUGGUGUAUUCAGUGAAACGUAAGAAUUUUCGCAAUUUAUUUUGCUUUGAAGAAUCGUAGUUGCUCCUUUAUUUUUUCCUGUCUGGCUCAAUCAGUUGUUAUUUAAACGAUUUUAAUGUCUUCAAGGUAUUUUUGCUCGGCAUACACUCUAUCAUCCCCUCUAGUUUGUCUCCAGAGAGGUAGCAAUCCAAGUUCUUCUUUUGGAACUUGGGAAGACAUACAUGACAAAAGGGUCAACUUAUCCUGUCUUUUAUGUUGCCAAUUCAACUAUAGCAAGUGACAAGACAGAAAAAUAUUGAAUAUCUUAUACCUGCUAAUAUAUUACAUUUAAAGACAUUUUAGCGAUUCCAUCUUAUACUGUUUUAGCUUUGAUUUUUUUUCAAGUUCUUUUUUUCGAAAUCAUGAAAAUGUUUUCCAGAUGCAUGUAUAAAGCAAUCUUUGACAUACCAUAUGUAAAUGGUUUGCCUUUUUGUGCAAUUUUUAGUGGUACGUACUGGUACCCAACGUUUGCCAGAUCAGCAUUACUUAUAGAUUGCUUCUAACUUUGAGAAGAUAAUUCGCUUCUAACUCAUUUACCUGAAACAAUAAACUAUAAGUCACAGCCAAAAGCGAAUUAAAGCGUACAUAGAAGCAUCAGACGACGGCGUCAUUCAAGAGCUUCCGACGGACUGAUUACAGUGACGACGUGUGUAAUGGGGGAGGGGUAUGGUAAAAAGCGAGUACAUGUGGCUGAAGAUAGAAUCAGUACCUAAUCCUCGUUAAACGAUUCAAAACUUUUUGAAAAAAAAAUUUCGAUAAAAUAAAUAAUAUUUGCGUAUGGAAAGAAAGAGCCGCAGCUUCACAUCCAAAGAGCCGCAUGUGGCUCGUGAGCCGCAGGUUGCCGACCCCGGUCCCAAAGUAAACUGUUAAAAUCAAUGACAUUUAUCGACAAAUAAAUAUAUUUUGUAAGAAUGUUAUAUAUUUGUUUUUGGAAAACCUAAAUACAUUUUUGUUUCAUCCUU